GGGCUUUUGAACUGUCUCUCCCAGUGUGUCAAUCUCUUUGAAGGCUGCUAUCCACGUCCCAGCUCCACACCAAUCAUCAUGCCUGCAGACUACAAUGGACGGUGGGAGAUGGUGAGCAACGAAAACUUUGAGGAUAUCAUGAAGGCCAUCGACAUUGACUUUGCCACUAGGAAGAUAGCUGCCCACCUGACUCAGACCAAGAUAAUCGUUCAGAACGGGGACAAGUUUGAGACAAAGACCCUGAGCACCUUCAGAAACUAUGAGGUCAACUUCACCGUGGGAGAGGAGUUUGAGGAGCAUACCAAAGGUCUGGACAAUCGCACAGUCAAGACACUAGUUAAAUGGGACGGUGACAAACUGGUAUGCGUCCAGAAGGGGGAGAAGGAAAAUCGUGGCUGGAAACACUGGAUCGAAGGUGACCUUCUGCAUCAGGAAAUCACUGUUCAAGACAAAGUCUGUCACCAGGUGUUUAAGAAGAAACAAUAAGACGGGAGAAGAUGUUACCUGAGCAGCAGUCUGUCUGUGAUGUGCUUCAUGUUGCUAUCUUUUUACAACGUAAUUGAAAUAUCUGUAAUAAAUGUUUGCUUUAA